UGUAGAGCCUGUGUGUCUCUCGUCAGGUGUAACUCGGGCUCUGUCACUCUCUGGGAGCCGUAUUGGAGAAUCAGCGAUGCGGUGUGCCCAAAAGACUCGGCUCUUAGGUCCGCUCCUCGGGAUCCGGAGCGUCUGGAGCCGGUCGAGCUGGCGGUGGUGGCCUGCGGCUCCAGACUGGAGGAAACACUCAUCAUGCUGAAAUCUGCUGUUCUCUUCAGCCAAAGACGCUUGCGCUUUCACAUUUUCGCGGAAGACGACCUCCAUGCCGGCUUCAGACAGGCGCUGGAGUCGUGGCCGCAGAGGUUUCGCUCCAAGUUCAACUACAGCGUUUAUCCCAUAAGCUUCCCCAGCGAUAGCGCCAGAGAGUGGAAGAGACUCUUCAAACCCUGCGCUUCACAGAGACUCUUCCUUCCCCUGAUUUUGAAGCAGGUGGACUCUGUGCUGUAUGUGGACACGGAUGUGCUGUUCCUGCGGCCGGUGGAGGACGUCUGGAGCUUUCUGUCCCGGUUUAACAGCAGCCAGGUGGCAGCGAUGGCCCCGGAGCACGAGGAGCCGCACAUCGGCUGGUACAAUCGCUUCGCUCGACACCCGUACUACGGCAAGACCGGCGUCAACUCCGGAGUCAUGCUCAUGAACAUGACACGCAUCAGAGACAAACACUUCAAGAACGACCUGACAGCAGUGGAUCUGAAGUGGGCCGAUCUUCUGAUGCCUCUGUUACACAAAUACAAGCUCAACAUCACGUGGGGAGACCAGGACCUGCUCAACAUCAUCUUCCACCAUAACCCAGAGUCUCUGCUGCUGAUCGAGUGUCACUGGAACUAUCGUCCUGAUCACUGUAUUUACGGCAGCAACUGCAUCAGCGCUGAACAGAACGGUGUUUACAUUCUCCACGGCAACCGCGGCGUUUACCAUGACGACAAGCAGCCCGCCUUCAGAGCCGUGUAUGACGCCAUAAAGCAGUUUCCGCUGGAUGAAGAUCCGGUGCGUGGAUUGCUUCUACCGCUGGAGGAGAAGCUGAAGAGCGAUCACACGUACUGCGGCCGAUCUCGACUCGUCUUCACCAAACGACUGCGCCAGAGCGUCACAGAGCUUCAGAAAGAUCACGACCGCUCCAGACGAGCAGAGGUUUGAGUUACGAGCCACCGCUUCAGAUCAGAUCAGAAACCAUCAGCGGCUGACAAUCAGACACACGCGUCCCUAAAACACUGACAGACUCCAGAGCUUCUGCUCAUCAGGGACCUGCGCUUGACUUCACAGACGUGACACACAGUGAGUGCCCUUCAUCAGGUAUGAAAGGUUUACGUUAGUUAACAAUUACAGACCUUCAAAGGAAAAGUUGACCUAAUUUCCUCACCCUCAGGCCAUCCAUAGAUUAGGAUGAGUUUGUUUCUUC